GCAAUGGAUGUGCGGCUCAUGCUCGCACACUCGCGCACACUUUCCAGCCGACAUCAGCAGUGGAGGAAUAGAAUAGCCAAACCAACACCACCACACCACACAAGCUCUGGUUGUGGGGGAAGAGGGGGCGUGUGGUGUGUGGCUGGUUCGGUUGGUUGGCACUGGCGUCCUUUCCGGACUGUCAGUCACACCACGACCAGCGCAGUCAGCACACACGACCAGCUGAAUUCACGGCUCUGUGCUAGCGACGUGCGAAGAAAAGCCAAAGGAAAAAGGAGAGAAAAUAACAGCUACUCUAAUUUGUUCAUCUGCUUUGUAUUUUUUUGCUGUUCAGUGAUACCGUAGAGAGCAGAAAGUUAAUUAUUCUCAAAGUGGUACAUAUUGCUAAUAUUGCUGCAGUUGCUGUUUGGGCUGCUCAUCUGGUGCUGCCAUCUCGCAAUGUAAACAGAAUGCAAGAGCAACCAAUCAUCACCCAUUUUCAAUAAUUUAAAGUUGGGAACACAAUAAUUAGUUAAUAAAAGAAAGAGCGAGGAUGUCGGACCAGCAGCGAGCCUCACUCUGCCCCCGCCUGGUCGACUACAUGGCCAUUGUGGGUGCACACACAACGCCGCCGAUGCCCAAGGGACUGCAGGGUCUCAAGGCCCCGCCGGUGCAGGUUCCCGACUUGCUUCGCCGCUAUCCGCCCUCGGACCACGCGGACUUCCCCCUGCCCUUGGACAUGGUGUACUUCUGCCAGCCGGAGGGCUGUACCAGCGUGGGGCCGCGACGCACGGGUUCGGCCAUCCGCGACAUGACUUCGUUCGUGUUCGCUCUGACGGACAAGGACUCGGGGAAAACGCGCUACGGCAUCUGUGUGAACUUCUACCGGCCCAUCGAGCGGCCCAGCACUGUGGCGGGGUCGGCGGCGGCAGGCAACGAGCGACAGGGGAGCGGUGGCCAUGCAGCUGGAGGAUCGGGAAACGGAGGCCCUGGCGGAGCUGGCAGCGGACGGGGCGGACGACGCUCGUCCGCUUUCCGGCGGGAGUCGUGGCGCAAGAGCAUGGAGCGCAGCUCGGACUCGGCGUUUAGCAGUUACGGCCUCUUAACUACUUCUAGCGACUACAGAAGUAACGUAGCGCCCAGCGACUCGGAUCGUGAACUCACCUCGCGUCGCGACUCUGAUCAGCAGCGCCUCCAUACGCACCACCACCAGCAGCAGCACUACCACCACCAACAACAGUCUGGCAGCGGGCAACAGCCGCCCACAUCGGUGCCAAAACUCGGUCUGAUGGCCCCAUCUGCGGAUUCGGAGUCGGGCGGCAGCCACUCGCCGUCGCCGCGCGCCUCCCGCAAGCGGACUAAGCUGCGCAACCAGUCGCUUACCUCGCUGUGCAUCAUCUCGCACCACCCGUUUUUCACGACCUUCCGCGAGUGCCUAUUUAUCCUCAAGAAGUUAAUUGAUGCUUGCAACGAGUCCUCCUCCCCGAAGCGUGUGGGAGCCUCGCAGAAGCUCAAUCGGGACAACGUGUGGACGGUGCUGACGGGUCACGUCAGCGAAGCGACGCCCUCAAUCGUUCUGCAUGAUGUGCGUGAGAUCGAGACCUGGAUACUGCGCCUGCUCUCCACCCCAGUUCCAGUGCCUGGGUCCACGCGCGUGGAGGUGGAGGUGCUUUCGCCCACGGUUCAUGAGCCCUUACUGUUCGCCCUGCCCGAUCACACGCGCUUCUCGCUGGUGGACUUCCCUCUGCAUCUACCGCUGGAGCUGCUCGGGGUGGAGACCUGUCUGAAGGUGUGGACCCUGAUCAUGCAAGAGAACAAGGUGCUCUUCCAGUCGCGCGACUACAACGCCCUCUCCAUGUCGGUGAUGGCCUUCGUCACCAUGCUUUACCCCCUGGAGUACAUGUUCCCGGUCAUUCCUCUCCUACCCACCUGCCUCAGCUGUGCCGAGCAGUUGCUGCUGGCCCCCACACCCUUUGUCAUUGGAGUGCCGGCCUCGUUUCUAGUGUACAAGAAAAACUUUAGGCUGCCCGAUGACAUUUGGGUAGUGGAUCUGGACUCCACGAAGCUGUCUCCGCCCACCGGCGGUUACGAGGAGAUACCGCCGCUGCCAGAGCCCGAGGGCACCAUCCUUAAAAACCACCUAAAGCAGGCUAUGCUACUAAUGGAUGAAGCUGGACUUGGUGCACUCACCUCAAUGACGGCCACCAACCAGGCCGUGUCCUCGCAGCAGCUCCUGCCCUCGGUGAGAGACAGUCUCCAGGAGCCGCCAUUGCUCGGGGUUUCUCAGAUGCGUCUGCCCCUUCAGACGCCCCCCCACUCGGCCCAGGCCAGCCAAAGGAACUCGGUGUCCGCGCAGGGGGCAAUGAUCAGCUCUCGACAGCCCAGUCCAAUGAACUCGCCGGCCCUCAACCCAUUUGUAUACGGCACGGACGUGGACUCGGUGGACGUGGCCACGCGGGUGGCCAUGGUGCGCUUUUUCAACGCCCAGAACACUCUGGCCAAUUUCGCCGAGCACACGCGUACCCUGCGUCUGUAUCCGCGUCCUGUGGUGGCCUUCCAGAUCAACAGCUUCCUUAGGUCGCGGCCGAGGGCUUCGCAGUUUUUAAACCAGUUUGCGCGGACACAGGCUGUGGAGUUCCUGGCAGAGUGGUCUCUGACACCGACGAAUGUGGCCUUCCUGCGGGUACAGACGGGCGUCAUGGACCCUAUGCAGGUGGGGGAUAAGCCCAAGUGGUUUGCCCACUCGCUCACGCCCAUUCGCUUCUCGGUGUGGGAUGAUGGAAGCUCGCUGAACGGCGCCCUGCGCUCCCUGAAGCAGCUCGAGUGCCAGCCCACGGACGAGAGCGGCUCGGACUCGGAGGGGGCGGAUAGCAGCAGCUCGUCGUACUCGUCCCUGAGCGACUUUGUCUCGGAGAUGGCCUCCUCGGACCUGUCGCCCAGUGUGCAUGACGUCUUCGGUUCAUACAAUCGACCCCAUGUGGUGCCCCAGACGCUCUCCUCGAACCUGGAUCCGGCUUUGGUCUAUCAUCCUCCCAGCAAGCUGCAGUAUCCCGAGGGCCUGUGCGAUGCGGCUGCCAGCAAGGAGGAGGAUGAGGAGCGCGCCGACUCUCCAGUCUCCUCCUCUUCCAGCCGCUCGGAUCUGAGCUCGCCCAGUUUCAACCGCGACUCUGAGUUUGACUUCCAGCCGAAGUCGGGACAAGCGCAGACGCAGACCCAGACGCAGGCGGGACAGGCGGCCUUUGAGCUGGCCACGCCGCUAGCCAUGCGUCUGGAGGCCACCAUCAAGAUGGCCAGCGUCGAACAGGAUACGGACACAGGCUCCACGGUAGCUGGCAAGAACAUAGCCGCAAGUGCCAAGCUUCAACGCCACCCCAGCGACGUGGAACGUCCUGAGAAGAAAAUACCGCCGCCUCUGACGCCGCCCGUGAAGCAGCCGAGCGUCAGCAAUAUCCUGGCCCGCACCGGCAGCUCGGGAUCCAGUUCCAGCAGCCCCGGACGCCAGAGCUCUCAGAGUUCGCUAUUCGAGAACUUUGCCUCGCAUGCCAAGGAGCUCGUUCGCGAGACCACGCGCCAGAGCAGCCAGGAGGGACUCCUCGCUCACGUGGAUAAGCAUGCGCUGGACGAAGAUCUUGACGACAAAAUGCGUCAUACCUUCGAAAAGUUCACGCUGCAUGCAAAGAAGGCGGCCGGCGAGGCGUCUAAGCAGGCGCUGGAGGUGUCCAAGCAGGCGGCUGGCGUGAGCAAAAAUACCCUUGAGGACCUCACCUAUGUGGGCAAAUCCACGCUGGGCGAUCUAACCAAGACUGCCAAAGAGGCGGCCACCAAGAAGGGCAUUAUUAAGAACGAAGAGCAGACCGGAGGCUCUAUGCCGCCUGGCGGCGGCGGCUCCAAGCCCCCCGGCUCCCAGAUCGCCACCCAGAGGCAGGUGCAGCAGAUUCCCGGAGGCGGAGGCGGUGGGAGUGGCAACAAUUUUUUCUCAUCGAUUGGCAACGACUUCAACGGCCUAGCCUCCUCCACAUCGACCAUGUUUUCGGGCAUGUUUGGGGGCAAAAAGAACCAACAGAAGCAGGGUGCAGUCCAACAAAGACCUUCCAGUGCCGGCUUAGGGAAGGGGAAGUCGGGCAUCAACUUUGAUCCGUUUCCCAGCCGCAAGGGUCUUGUAGAGCGGACACCGCUGAUCAAGCACUCUGGCCCCCGGCAGACGCAGGAGGAGCUCACGCGGCAACAGAACCAGGAGCGUUCGCACAGCAAUGCGGAGAAUCAGGCCUUCCUCAAGGAUGUGACCAAUCAGGUGCUGGCCGGCGAGGGUGUGGGCUGGCUGAAGCUCAAUCGCUUCAGGAAACUCAUGGAAGAUGAAUCCUAUCGCACGCUGGUGCUUAGCAAGCUGAACAAGACACUGGACAGGAAGAUAGCGCCCGAUGAUCACAUUGAUGAUGUGUGUGUGACCAAGCCCGUGUGGAAGGGAAUGCUAAAGUGCGUGCAGGCAAUAGCCUCCGGCCUUGAUGUCACCUUUGGGAACUUCGGUCUGGGAGGAAUGGCCUCGGUGUUUCAGCUGAUGGAGGUGGCCCAUACGCACUACUGGAGCAAGGAGAUCAAUGACGGCAGCGACAUGUCUUCCAGUCUGCUCUCCAGCCACGCUGCCAGUCCCCUGGGCAGCCGCGAGAAUCUGCGCUCCCCCAGCUCCCCCAACGGCUCGCACUCGGGCCUGGGCAGCGAAUGGGCCUCGCCCCAGGAGUCGCGCAAGAGUUCCACCCACCACGCGGCCUUGCCUUCGUCUCAGGCUGGUGGAACUCCUUCGGCCGCAUCGCGACGCCUGUCGGCAGCAGACAGCCAGGAUGGCCAGUCGACAACGGAGAUGUUCAAGGACAUGUUGUCCCAGAAGAGAAGUGCCUUGAAGAACAUGCUCACCUCGUUCGACUCGGAUGCUGCUGGCUCUACGGGCGCGCUCUCUGUGGUCAGCGAUCUGCUCCCAAUCGGCAGUCUGAGCGUGCGCAUGCCCUCCAGCUGCCGGUCCACGGUCUCAGACACCGAGUACGAAAAUACCACAACGUCGAAGGACUCGAAGAAGAGCGGGGGAAAUCUGUGGUCGGGCAAGUCAACGCUCAGUGCCGGCUUCCGCUAUACGGGCGGCCAUCUGAUCAACACCUCCUCAUCCCCUUCGCCAGACAGCCCGAGAGUCUACCUAUUCGAGGGGUUGCUGGGCAAGGAUCGCUUGAAUCUCUGGAACCAAAUGCAGUUCUGGGAGGAUGCUUUCCUCGAUGCUGUCAGCCAGGAGCGCGACAUGAUUGGCAUGGAUCAGGGUCCUAUUGAGAUGAUGGAGCGCUACAAGUCGCUGAGUGAAUCAGAGCGCAAGCGUCUCGAGCACGACGAGGAUCGUCUACUCUCCACGAUGCUGUACAACCUGACGGCCAUCCUUGUGAUGCUCAAUGUGGGAAAGGAUGAGAUUCGACGCAAGAUCCGUCGCCUGCUGGGUAAAAGUCACAUUGGACUGGUCUACUCCCAGGAGGUACACAAUGUUGUCGAUCAAAUCAAUAAUUUGAAUGGAAAUGACAUUGACCUGAAGCCACUGGGUUCGAGGCUGCUACAUCGGCAGAGCUUCACCGUCCACCAGGGCACCGAUAUAAAUGGACCACUGCGCUUCAUGGAGGUGCGCGACGAUGGUCUGGUGUUGCGCUCUGUGGACGGCACCAUUGUGGAGCGCUGGUGGUACGAGCGGCUGGUUAACAUGACCUACUCACCCAAGACCAAGCUGCUGUGCCUCUGGCGACGCAACGGCGGCCAGACCCAGUUGCAUAAGUACUACACGAGAAAGUGCAAGGAACUGUACAACUGCAUCAAAGAUGCCAUGGAGCGAGGUGGAACGCCCACCAAUGUGCCCGAGCUGGGCGGUGAGUUCCCCGUGCAGGACAUGAAUACUGGCGAGGGUGGCCUUCUGCAGGUCUGCCUCGAGGGUGUCGGUUUGUUGUUCUCCAACAGCAAGGAUUUCGAGUUCUUUGUGCGGCUGGACCACAUCCGCAAGUGCUUCACCCAGAAGGGCGGCAUAUUUGUGCUGGAGGAGUACAACCCCAAGACGCGCAAUCUCAUCCAGCGGAAGUAUCAGUCGAGCAUGUCCGACCAGAUCUGCUAUUCGGUGCUGUGUGUCUUCUCCUACGUGGCUGCCGGCCAGGACCAGAAAAAGAAUCCAGUUGUAAUCACGCCCCAAAUCCAGGACAUACACGCCCAGCAGAAGCAAAAGCACCAACAGCAGUCGCAGCAGCAGCAGCAACAGCAUCAGCAUCAGCAAAUGCCACCAGCCACGGCUCCAGCUAAUAGUCACGCCCAGAACCGCAGCAGCGGCAAGCAGCAGGGCGGCAACAUCACCAUUCGGCACACGGUGCCCAUGCAGAAACCGACAAUCACCAUGUCCACAGUCCAGCCGCAGGCCAGGAUGCCCUCCACAGUCACAGUGACUGCUGCUCCAGCUCCAGUUCCAGCUCCAGUUCCAGUUCCACUUCCCACACCCACUCAACCCACCACAGCCACAGCGACAACCACAGUGAGUCCCACGCCUCAUGGAAAGUUGCCGCAGUUGCCGCCCCGUGUGCCCUCACAGCCUUCGACGGAAAGCCUGGCUUCGAUCAGCUCACCGCCGCCCAAGCAACGACUGGGUGGACCGCCACCCGGCCCCCCGCCGGCCAUACCGCCCCGGACGGGGGCCAUUGCUCGCAGUGGUUCCGUGCAGGCGCAGCAGCAACAGGCGACGCGCACCUUUGUGCGCCAGGCCUCGGCCAAUUCGACGCCGCCGCAGUACACUCCCCAGCCGCCGCCGCCCUUCGUCAUCCCCAAGCGGCACUCCGGGCUGGCCCGCGCCUCCACCCUGACGGGGGCCCAGUCCAGCUCGCACCAGCAAGCGCAGCAGUCGCAGCAGCGCGCCAGCUAUGGCAGCGUCGCCGCUGUGCUGCAGUCCAUGCCGGAGGCGGAGGCUGGCCCUGGCUCUGGCUCUGGCUCUGGCUCUGGUCCCGGAUCCCCUUCCGGCUCUGGCUCUGGCUCCGUUGCGGGCCCUUCGCCUCAGGCCCACCACAAACACUGACGAAGGAGUUCAUUUUUCAAAUUCGGUGGCGGCGGUGGUGGCAAGGGCGAUGUGGCUGCCGGAGGCGGAGGCGGUGGACAUAUGGGUGAGGAACCGCAUCCACACCCCCACAGGCGAGACGUAUGCCGCACCAUAUGUAUACCCUGGCUGUGAUCCGCCAGCCAGGACAGCUUAGAUCAAGCCUAGAGAAGUUGCAUUCGCAUUGCAGCCACACUUAAAGCUCCAGACUCGUUUCACUAUAAGCGCGGAAACUGGACUAACGCAGGCUGCUCCUGCACCCAAAAAAAAAAAAGAUUUCACAUUUUUGCAAUACUACUGAUUCAUUAGCAUUACCUGCAAGGCUACUGAAAGCUCGAAUAUAUGUAUUGUUAUAACGAAUGUAUAACUUGAAUAUGUAUAUCCUCAAGUAUCCUUGCAGAACCGAUAACACAUUCCUCACAUAAGUUUCCAAUGUUUUCCAGCACAAUGUCAUUUCAUUGAAUUGCUCUUCCUUCAGUCUGCAAGUAUGCCCCAAGCGGACCCCAUAAAUACACAACAUGUCUGCUUAAGCACUCCGUUGAGUUAGAACAGCCGAAACUAUCGUCAGUCACAGUUCCAACUGAACUUUCAACGAUUCCUCAAAUUGAUAAAUCGCGAGAACAGAUUAAAGUUUCACACCCUUUUCUACCAUCUGCACGGAUAUAUGCAGUAUCUAAUAAAUAAUUAUUUUAAUAUAUGUACGUACAGCUCCGAUAUCCCUAGUUCCAAUUGCGGAGCUCCUUUUUUUGCAAAAUUUGUUGAUCACAAUUAUAGAUCAAUUCCUUGUUCCAUCGGCUCUUCGUUAAUGUAGUCUGCCAGUAUACUAAAACGCCUCAAAGAGAGCCGUUCAUAGAUGUCAAAUGUUUUAUAUAUAUAAGCAAGAAGAUACAUACAUAUAUCCCUAUGCAAAUCUUAACUGUAUUUAUCGAACAUUAUUCUAGCCACAAUCAUAUCAUUAGCCGCCACUAACUAUUCCAAUACAUACAUUGUUUCCUGUUCAGCUUUAAGGCAGCAACAAAGCCGAAAGCAACAAAAAUUAACUCGCUUACCAUGCCAGCUAUGGAUACCUAUAUAGAUAUAUACAUACAUAUAUAGAACAGGACUUGACUUCCUUUCGGGGAAUAUUUGUAUAUUGAGGGCACAACAGAACAGAAGGAGGAGGUAGAAGGUAAAAGUAGAAGAAAUUACCAAGCUAAGCUGUAAGAAUAAGAAAAAACUAAAGGCAAGUGAGGGCAAUCUAGGUAGGAAAUGUAGCAUACGAAUACGAAGGAAAGUAAAGCAGAAAGUAACGGAAGAAAUACCAUGUGUAUGUGUAUGUACUAUAUCUACUAUACCAAUCAAUCAACUACUUGUAUGAUCAGACAGCCAGCACAGACACAGAUACAUCUAUUUAUUGUAAAGGAAUUUAACUAGUUAUACUAUAAAAAAGUGAACAAAAAUUUGAGCAAAGCGAAUUUUGUCCCAUGUUCGGAUUGGACCGGUUCGGAUGGAUUGGAUGGUAAAAUAGCUUAAGGAAUUGUCAGGGAACACACAAACAAAGAGGCGAGAGGAGGAACAGACAGAGGGAGAGGACCUUGGAGAGCAAUAAGUAUGUCUAUAUACCUAAUAUACAAGUAAAUAUAUAUACAUAUACAUAUAUCUAUUUUUUGUUUCCGAGAGGACAACACAACUGUUCGUUGGUUUUGGAUGUUAACAAUAAUUAAAACCGAACCUA